AUGAUAGAGCUUGGAAUGAAUAUAUUAAAAAAAGGUGGUGAUUUCAUUGAAUUCAAUUCAUUUAAAGCAACAACAAAAUGGGGUACUCAAUAUUGGCCAACUCAAUCAUCAACAUUACCAAUUGCAACAUCCAAUAAUAUACCAUUACAAUCCACAAUAACUGCAGUCGAUCUUCCUCCUCCUCCUCCUCCUCCUAGCGUCACUUCGAUUAGAACUACGACUGUUAGAGGACAAGCAGAAGAGCAACGAAAACAAAAACGAACCCUGGCAAGACAUGCAUUUAAUUUAGCUAACACAAGAAUCAGAAAUGCUCUACAAUUCAUGUUAGAUAAUUCGUACAAAAAUACAUUUAGUGCUAUUUAUUGGUUAUAUAAUGAUACAGCUAGUCCUGAUACUACUGUCAAAGAGUAUACAUGGCCAGAAUCAUUUCCUGACUGUACAUCAAAAUUACGUGAUGUAGUUGAUCGAUGGUACACAGAAGAAUUUGUAAAGAAAUCACGAGCUAAAUGUUUAAAUCUAAUUGGAAGAACUGGUACUGGAAAAACAUCAUUUGCUAAAUCAUUACCUGACCAAUAUAAUUAUUUUCAUGGACGAUAG